AUGGCUUCCGACUCGGCCGCUCUGCCCGCUAUGGGAAUCACAGAUGACCCGCGUAUGCAGAGCAUCAACAUCACGGGCCCUGAUGGCGAGCCCUUCCCCGUGCCCAUGGCCGAGAUCAACACGGCAAACCUCUAUCUGGUCCGCGUCUCGACCGUCUACGCGAGCCAGAUCGGCGCCUGCUUCGUCAUGCUGGCGGUCGUCCUGGCCAUGACGCCCAAGCACCGGUUCGCCAGGGUCCCGACCCUGAUCAACAUGGUCAACCUCGCGCUGGCCGUCGUCCGCCUGACGCUGCUGGCCACUUACUUCAGCAGCAGCUGGGUCGAGAUGUACACCUUCUACAGCGGCGACGUGCGCUUCGUGACGGCCGACGACUGGCGCAUCAGCCUCGUCGCCACGGCCCUCUCGAUCCCGCAGACGCUCCUGGUGCUCUCGGCCCUGAUCGUGCAGGCCUGGUCCAUGGUGCAGCUCUGGCCCGGCCUGUGGAAGUGGUCCGCCACCGCCGUCUCGGCUCUCGUCUCGCUCGCGAGCUUCGGCUUCAAGUGCGCGUCUGUGUCGGUCCAGAUCAGGGUCAUCAUGGAGCCGUUCGACGUCACGCCCCUGCUGUGGAUCCGCCUGACGGACGUGUCCCUGAUGACGGCCACCAUCGCCUGGUUCUGUUUCCUCUUCAACGUCCGCCUCGUCAUGCACAUGUGGACGAACCGCAGCAUCCUCCCAACCACCAGGGGCCUCACAUCGAUGGACGUGCUCGUCAUGGUCAACGGAGUUCUUAUGUUUAUUCCCGUCGUGUUCACUGCCUUCCAGUUCGUCGAAGUCGCGUUCCUCGAGUCGGGAUCCCUGGUUCUCACGACCGUCGUGCUCGCGCUGCCGUUCGCGGCCCUAGUGGCGCAGCGGCUGUCGGUCAAUCCGGCGUCGCAGCACCGAGGAUCCAGAGACACGGACGAGAACACGCUUGGCAGCAAGAAGCGAUUCCUCGAUGACUUCUCCCACCACUCUACCACGGGCGGACCCAGAAGCCGUCAGCACAGCCAGCAGGGAGCCAUGCUCAACACGCAGAUCGCCGCCGGACCCCGCUCUCCUGGCGUCCCCAUGAGGCAGCGCAGCGCCGACCCGAUCGAUCUGGAGCUGCAGAGGAUCGACGACGAGGAUGAUAACGGCGACGGUCAGCUUCAGGAGAAGCACGCGGCCGGAGGGGUCAGGGUGAACCGGUCCAUCGAGCGUCGGGAGGAGCGCAUCUAGGAGUCGCGCGACGACUUCAAGUCUGUGGGCGAGGCUGUGGCUACUGCUGCUUGGCCGUGCCACCCCUCAUUUGUGACGGUCAUUCAGGGGGGAGGAGACCAGUGAACGACGGCACGAAGACCUGCGCGCGCCGACAGCCGUAUUUGGCACAGGAGCCGUUCUUUUUCUCAUUACUUUUCUCUUGUUCUCCAUUUUCUUGGCGCCAGGAGCCAGAUCUGAUUGAAGGUCAUUUCAAAUCUUUUAACUCUUUUCUUUUCUGAAAAAGAGGUUUUUAGGCUCCCAGGAUCUUACAAAUCUUUUGCCCCUAUCCUAUCUCGCCAAAUUUCCCUCCUCUCUUCUACUUUCCACCUCUAUACCCCUUCAAGGUCCAUAUGAGGUCUCAUCAAGCUACUAGCCAUCCGGGUAGGAACUUGGAGUCUAUCUCCAGUUAGGAGAUUAUUGGCCUUUGACCUAUCGGCAUAGUAGUUAGGCGCCUACCCACCUACCAAGAGGUAGAUAGAUAAGGACAUACCUGACACCGCUCAUACACUUGGACUGAGCAAUUACCGCAAUGAUAUGAGACGCAAAUUCUUCAUG